AUGUCUCGCAUCUCUAAUUUCCAGACUGGUAGCGGAGGGCGUGUGAUGUGGGAAAGCAACUGCAACUUCGAAGGACACGACUAUCGAUCGAUGAGAGCCACCCAAUAUGUAUGCGGUGAUGUGUGCGCUAAUGACGCAUCUUGCACACACUGGACAUGGAGCCAAUACAUCGGCGGCACUGGUUGGUUCAAGACGGGAGAUCGAUCAACCAAGACUGCCGAAUGGGGCACUAAUUGUGGUUAUGUGAUUGCGUGUAGCUCGCAACAAGGUCAGUCUGCAGCACCCAACAGUGGUCUAUCCUCGUCAGAAAUGACGGCGGCAUUACAGCAUUCACAAGACCAGGCUAACAACUGCAAAAUGACACAUGUUGGCUCAAGCCGCUCAAAAGUCGGUUACCGCAUUCAAGCGCAAGGCUACCGUUUUGCUACGGCUGCAGAGAAUGUGGCAGCUGGCCAAAAGACUGUGGAACAAGUCAUAAUCUCAUGCUUGGCCAAAGUCUUGUGUCCAAUAGAUUAUGCAAUCUAUUGGACACAAGACUUUGGCCGAGCUAUAGAAUAA